AGGUACGAUGCACGACUGCUCCUGGACGCUCUACCAUCCACCUCGCAUAAUAUACCCUCAGACGUGCCCAGCUCCCCCGGCGGGUGGUCCGACCUACCAUCCGACGCAGAAGACACAUUCUUUUUCUCAUCAGACGAGGUCGAGGACUACCGGAGAGACAAACGACGCCGUCUCAUUGAUCAAGGCAGAGAGGACCGACUACGAGCGCUGCGCUCUGAGGCGGAGGCGGAGGCAGACGAGCAGCCUGCCGAAGAGCAAUGGGGCGGGAGUGACGAAGAGCCCGACGAGACUGAGAGGGACCUCAUGCGCCGCACGGCGUCCCACAUCCUCAGCUCGCCGAACCCUGCACAACUCGAGAUGCGCAUCCUGGCGAAUCACGGCGCAGACCGCCGUUUCGCAUUCCUCAAGGGCCGCUGGUCCCGCGCGUGGCGGCUUGCCAAGACUCACGCCAGGAUGGACAAGGAACAGCAGGAGCAAAAGGCGCCACCCAAAUCUAGCCUUGGGGGGCUAGCGGGCUACGGUGGCUCGGACAGCGAAGCUGACAGUGACUCAGAUCGGUCAGGAGAUGAUGUGGAGAAGACGAUGAGAAAGUCGCAGACGGACGAGAAGCCGCCGACGAUGGGUUCUGCGGAUGUCCAAGACGACGAAGCGAAAGCCGCCAGACGAGUGCGAGCGAGAGAGUGGGCGGAGAAGCGGCGGCUGAAGCAGACCGCCUCUGAGGGCGGGUCGUAGGUACUUUCGCAGUCCGUGUCCAUAGGCCUGUGCGAGAUAACAAUAUAUAAUCAUUCCCCCCUACAUAACUUACUUUCCCUCGUGGGUGGUCUUUUCAAGAAGGUUCACGUCUCUGAGACAGAACACACCUGUGCCCUCGAAGGCGGAGUGCAUCAAAGCUCCUUCUUGCUCGCACU